AUUACUUUGCAAAUGAGUUAAUUAACACCUUCUUCCCCUGCAACCAAACCAAAGACACUAAAACCAACACAAUUAGUCUACAAUCAAAGUGAGCGAAACCAAAAAGAAAAAGAAGGGAAAUUAAUUUAUAAUCUAAUUACCAUCGUUGUUAAUCCGAGUGUUUGAUUUUUCUCAUUGUAAUCAUGAAACCGGGAAAAUCAUUCAUCUAAAUUAACCUCAUGGGGUUUAGAUUAACUGGUAAAGAAGAAGAGAAAGAAAAAUUUUCUCAUAUCAAAUGAAAGCAAAAAGAAAAAGAGAUUAACAGAGGAAAAGAAAGAGGAAAAGAAAGAGACAAGAACGAAACAAUUUAAGUCUGUCUUCAUCCAGAGAGAAUCUUGUUUACAUCUCCCUUUCUCUCUUUAUCUUCAAUCUUCUUCUCUUUCAUUUUUCUCUUCCAUUUCUAUGUAGAAAACGCAACAUUUACCUCACUCACUCUCUCUUCAAUUUGUGAUUGUUUGUUAUUCAUUUACUAUUUUCCGCAAAUCUCAUCAUAUAGAAAAUUCUAUCUGAUUGAACAGUUAAUUGUUAUCAAAUUUUCGACAAUGUCCAACAUUUGUAUGAAAAGCUCUCAAAUUUGCUGAUCAACUUUCCUCUUUCUCUUUUUCUCUUGUUUUCAUUUUCUCUUCCUUUUACAUUUACAAAUCUCCUAUCAUCAUGUCAAUUUCACCCAAUUGUUUAUUGUUAAUUUGAUCAUUUUCCAUUCUAAUUGUUACUAAUUCUCAACAAACACCACACACACACACACCUAACUGCUAUUGUUUACAAGGCGAAAUGACUCGGUGAACCUUAUUUACCAAUUAUCUCGACAAAGGAUGUCCUCUGCCUCUUCAGCAUCAUCAUCAUCUUCUAGUGAUGACGAUGUUAUCCUUAAUCGAGAAGAUAACAAAGGAAUCAUCAUCUGCAAUAGACCCAAUCAAUUAAAUGCUCUAAAUCUCUCAAUGGUACGAAAAAUUUAUCCCCAAUUAAGGAAAUGGGAGAUGGACAAUUCAAUGAAAAUGGUUAUAAUCAAGGGAACCGGUGAUAAAGCUUUUUGUGCUGGUGGUGAUAUCAAAGUGGUAGCUCAAAGUGGUAAUGGAUCACCGCUUGGAUUAGAGUUUUUCCGUGAAGAAUAUCGUCUAAACAAUCAGAUCGGUUCCAUGGCUAUUCCCUAUGUGGCAUUGUUAAACGGGAUUGUUAUGGGUGGUGGUGUUGGAUUAUCUGUUCAUGGAGCUUAUCGAGUAGCCACUGAGAAAGCCGUUUUCGCUAUGCCUGAAACUGCUAUCGGCUUUUUCCCCGAUGUCGGUGGAUCUCAUUUUUUACCUCGUCUACCUGGUAAACUUGGUAUUUAUCUUGCAUUGACUGGUGCCCGUUUACAUGGUAGGGAUCUAUUUAAAGCAGGAAUCGCCACUCAUUUUGUUUGCUCUGAUCGUCUGGAAGAAUUGGAAAGUGACCUGCUCAGAAUGAAAGUUCCAGAUUUAAAGGGAAUUGAUUCUCUAUUGACAAGGUAUCAAGAACAAUGGGAAGCCGAUUAUAAGAAAGAGUUCUCAUUAAAGCAAUACAAAGGUAGAAUCAAUUCAGCCUUUGGUGCCGAAUCGGUUGAACAGAUUAUGGAAAAUUUGUCGAAAGAUUCAUCCGAUUGGAGUAAACAACAACUCGAAAUAUUGAAUUCAGUCUCACCUACAAGUUUAAAAGUCACUUUCAAAGCGUUACAACAAGGUGCAAUGAUGUCCUUACCCGAUUGUCUUAAAAUGGAAUAUCGAAUCGCCCAUAAAAUGAUGCACGAAUCGGACUUUUUCGAAGGAGUCAGAGCUGCUCUAAUUGAUAAAGAUAAAUCGCCUAAAUGGAAACCAAGUAAACUUGAAGAUGUAACUGAAGAUCAAGUUAACGCUUAUUUCAAUCCAUCAGAUCCACAAUUUAAAGAGUUACAAUUGUAGUAAUUGAUGAUGGUAAUGAUAACUAAUUACUAUUACAAUUAUUAUAAAUAUAUGCUGAUGAAAUGAAGUUAAUAUUUUAAAUUGAAAAAUCCUCUAAACAUAAACCAAUAUACAACAAAGACACACAAGGAAAAAGGAAAAAACAAAAUUACCAAUGAUUACAAUUAAGAAGACACAAUAUCAAAUGUUGGAUAUGAUACAAUUUAUUUAAAAUCUAAUCAAAUGGUUGAUUAACCAGAUGAUCGGAAAAAAGAUAGAGAGAAAGAGAGUAAAGUUUGGAGAUCAAUCAAAAGGCUUAAUUGUGAAGAGAUGACGAGAAAUUUUGAGAAGCAUCAUCAUCAUAAUCAAAUGAAGAAGAAGAAAACAAAAUAUCGAAAAAGGAAAAGUUAAUCAAUUACCAAGUUAUAUCAUCGUGGUUAAUGAUUAACUUUCCAUUAACACAAUUUAAAGAAGCACAAACUCAAAUUGUUUAAAGAAAAUGAGUUAAUUGUGUAUGCGGUGAAUUGGAGGACACAAUUAUCAUUGGACAAUGGACGAAAACUUGAUAAACGAAAAUUAUCUUAAAUUAGUUGUGAUUUAAUAAGCAAUUUACUUCUCCUUCCUUGUCGAAGGUGGAAAAUCUGAUAAAUAUAUUGUUGAUUCCAUAAGUUUCUUCCCUUCGCCCUCUUCCCAACCCACUCCGACUUCGUUACUGUGGAAAACUAAAUAAUCCAACUCUCGAAAAGUAAUGAAAAUGCCAAAAUAAACGAAAAAAAAAACUCGUAGAAUGUCAAAUGUUUGUAAAUUGUUGGUAAUCAAUUCAACUCAGUGAGAAUUAAAAUUAGCAAAUUGAUUAUUAUAAUCAAA